AUGAAGCUAUGGGAGAGAGUGAUCGAUAUGAGGCUUACGAGGGUUACGAAGGUGGCAGAGAACCAAUUCGGAUUUAUGCCAGUGAGGUCGUCGAUGGAGGCGAUUCACAUCACCAGAACCCUUAUGGAGAAGUAUAGGGAAAGACAAAAAGCCCUACACUGUGCCUUUCUAGAUUUGGAAAAGGCAUACGACAGUGUACCACGAGAGCUAAUUUGGAGGACGCUACAAGCGAAAGGACUUACUGGGAAGUACUUUAGUGUUAUCAGGGAUAUGUACGACAGGACAAGGACCGGUGUUCGAACCCCUGUGGGGAACACAGAGCUUUUCUCGAAGGAGCUAAACCGUAGGUUAGAGAAAUGGAGAAGAGCCCUUGAAGACAAUGGUUUGUGUGUGAGCCGAGAGAAGGCAGAAUACCUACGGUGUGACUUUGAUAAGCUGAAACCUAGGAUCAAGGAUACACAAAUCGGGGGGAUAGAUGAAGACGUGACACAUCGGAUCCAAGCAGGGUGGAUGAAGUGGAUAGCAGCUUCUGGAGUCAUGUGCGACAAGAGGAUCCCGCUAAAACUUAAAGGCAAGUUCUACAGAGCGGCUAUUAGACCGGCUAUGUUAUACGGGUCGGAAUGUUGGCCGAUAACGAAAGCCCAAGCGUCCUGGAUGGAGGUGGCUGAGAUGAGGAUGCUAAGGUGGACUUGCGAGAAGAAACUAUCAAAUAGGAUCCCCACAGGAGUUUUUAGAGACGAACUUGAAGUAGGGUCCAUCAUUAACAAGCUAAGGGAAGAACGCUUAAGAUGGUUUGGUCAUGUUAGGAGAAGAGACCAAGCUGCACCACCAAGGAGAGCAGAAUCUAUCCACGUUGACGGCGUAAGAAGAAGGGGAAGGUCAAAGAUGAGGUGGGAGGAGCGACUAGCGAAGGACCUAAAAGAGCUUGGCUUAUCGGAGGACAUGACGUCGGAUAGGACGGCCUGGAGAAUUAGGAUUAGAGUAGUCGAUUAA